GUUAUCAUGGCGAAAAGGCGAGGGAGACGGCGCCGUCGACAACGCCGUAUAAACAGCCACCGCAAAAUUAACCGAAUCAUCGACGGUGCAGAUUUCAUCAGCUCUAUGCCUGAUGAGGUCCUCCAGCAUAUUCUCUCCUUUAUUCCCACCGAUCUCGCCAUCAGAACUUGUGUCUUGUCCAGACGAUGGAGGCAUGCGUGGUCCGAAUUACCUUGUCUCGACUUUGAAAAGACGGGUCCAGGGAUAGACCGAACCCUAAGUUCCUACAGGGCUCUGAAAAUCACGAGCUUCCGUCUUCGUAUGACCCAUGAUGCCGAUGCACCCGAUAUUGAUAGCUGGGUCGAGUUCGCUGUGUCCCGCAAUGUGGAGAAGCUGACUCUGAUCCGCGGUACUCGCUAUGGUCGCGCCACUUAUCGUUUUCCGGAUUUGUUCUAUCUUAGUUCCUCCUUAACGAAACUCAGAGUGGAUGAUUUUUAUAUGAUUCCAAGAUGCACAGUUUCUUGGAGUUCCCUGAGGAUAUUGACAUUGACAUGUUGUAAUCUCUAUGAUGAUUGCAUUUCUAAUAUUCUCUCUGGCUGUCCGAAGCUCGCAAGCUUGAAAUUGCAUCACUUUGCUGGUUUACUUAAGCGUCUUGAUCUGAGUAAAUCACCGAGUCUGAGAACAUUGGAAAUAUAUCGCACCUACCUGAGUUCAGGGCCAAUGGAGAUUGUAGCGCCGCACAUCCAUUAUUUGAAAUUGAUAGGCUCUGAGGAACCAUGUACUUUAAUCGAUGUCUCCUCUUCUUUGGCCGAAGCUUACCUUGGCAUUUGCAUAAAAAACUACCACAUUUCUAAAGCUGGUUUUGUUCAAGAGGCUGGUUUUCUUCAGACCAUGGUGCUUAAGAUGCUAGCACAACUACAAAACGCAGAGAGGCUUACUUUUGGUUCUGGAGGAACUCUUCUUCAAAUUCUAUCUCUCGCUGAGCUCCGUGGUGUUCCUUUCCCAACGCUCAAGGUCCAGACUUUGACUCUUCGAACCAUGUUUGAAAAAUGCGUUAUUCCUGGUAUAGCAAGGUUACUACAAAAUUCACCUGGUUUAAAGAAGCUUACUGUAGACACAAGAUACUCGCGCGAUACAAUAAUGGAUAAGUAUUUGGACCGCUAUUUGGGCUCACAAGGCUUGAAUUCAGUUACAUGUUGGGCAUCAAAAUGUGAGGUGUUUCCUACCUGGAAAGAAAUCUAUUCGAUGUUGGGUUGUAACGAUGCAACGUCGAAACUUUUGGCUUCGUUCAUGGAAUUGGUGCUGAGAAACGCAAUGACACUAAAGAAGAUGGUUAUAUGGUUGGGAGAUAAGUACUUUAAUGAUGAACAAUGGUUUGAAGAGCUGCUUCAGAUGGUUGGAACACUUUCUCACAACUAUCAUGUCUCUAUUGAGCUCAAACGAUGACGCGAAAUUUUUUUUGCAUCAUUCUUAAUUUAUUUAGUCUGAAUCUUGAUAAUCCAAACAAUUUAUAGUAUCCGCAUCUG